UUGGCUUGGCGUUGGUCGCUUUGCUUCCUGGUCCUUGUGUGGAUUGGCGUUUCCUCCCUCGGCAUUCCUUUGCUGGGCUUGACCUUUUCUUGGCUGGGCUUGGCAUUCCCCUGGCUGGGCUGGGUGUUUCCUUGGCGGGUGGGUGGAGGGGCUUGGCCUUUCCCCGGGUGGGUGUGGGCUUUCCCCCGGGGUGGGAGUGGGAUUUCCUCAGGUGGGUGUGGCCUUGCAAAUACUGCUGGGCUUGGCCUCUCCCCGCCUGGGCUGGGCUCCGCUGGUUUGGUGGGUUUUGGCUGUGCUUGACCUUUCUCCUGUAACAGAUUGGAAACCUAGAGUUUCUUGCUUGUUGGUGAAAUUUGUUGGCAGAGGUGAUUGGCUAGCUAUUACCUGGCUCCCCAGGCUGGUAAAAGAGGAUGGGGGCUGAGGUUUUUUCAAAGCCGGCUGCAUCCACUAUGAAGAAGCCUUUUGGCCUCAGCGGCAAGAUGGGCAAGUGGUGCUGCCACUGCUUCCCCUCCUGCAGGGGGAGUGGCAAGAACCACGUAGACUCUAGGGGAGACCACGACGACAUCGCCUGUUUGGAGCCAAGGUAACACGUCCGUCGAGAAGAUCUGGGCAAGCUCCACGGAGCUGCCUGGUGGGGUAAAGUCCCCAGAGCGGAUCAGAGGCAGAAUGUGUGGGGAUGCGGCUUGAGCAAGGUGAGAGAUUUAAAAUUAGAGACUGCUCUACAUUUGGCCUGUGGGAAUUCAGAAGUAGGAAAACUGCUGGAUAGAAAAUGUCAACUUCGUGUCUUUGACAGCAAAAAGAGGACAGCUCUAACACAGGCUGUACGAUGUGCGAUACUUUUGCUACAACAUGGUAUUGAUCCAAAUCUUCCGGAUGUGUAUGGCAAUACUGCCCUACACUAUGCUGUCUACAGUGAAGAUAGAUUAAUGGCCAAAACACUGCUUUUAUACAAUGCUGAUAUUGAAUCAAAAAACAAGGGUGGCCUCACACCACUUUUAAAAAAAAAAAAAAAAAAGAAACAGCAAAUGGUGGAAUUUUUAAUCAAGAAAAAAAAAAAAAAAAAAACACUUGAUAGGUUUGGAAGAAUUUGCCAAUUACUUUCAAAAAAAAAAAAAAAAAAGAUGCCAAAAAAAUGUUCUGAAAACAGCAAUCCAGAACAAGACUUAAAGCUUACAUCAGAGGAAGAGCCACAAAGGCUUAAAAAAAAAAAAAAAAAAAAGCAUGAGAAAAUGUCUCAAGAACCAGACGUAAAUAAGGAUUGCAAUAGAGAGGCUGAAGAAGAAAUGCAGAGGCAUGGAAGUAAUAACGUGGGAAUAUCAGUAAACCUGACUGAUGGUGCUGCUGCUGGCAAUGGUGAUGAUGGAUUAAUUCCACAAAGAAAGAGCAGAAAACCUGAAAAUCAGCAAUUUCCUAGCACAGAGAAUGAAGAAUAUCAUAGGCCUGAAAAGAAAUUUAAUGAAAAGAACAAGGUCAAAAGUGAAAUACAUUCAGUGGAUGACCUGGAUGACAUAACGUGGCCAUCUGAAAUAGCCUCAGAGGAUUAUGAUUUGCUUUACCCUAAUUAUGAGACUUUUAUGUUGCUCGCUGAACAACACAAAAUGGAUUUUAACGGUUCUACUAGCCUAUCAAAAAUCCAGGAUGCAGUUCUUUCAGAUGAAUAUUUAUUAGAACUUAAAAAUAAUCACCGUGAACAACUUACAGUAGAAAUUGAAAAAAUGGAAAAUAUGAUUCAUGUACUACAAAAGAAGCUGUCUGAAGCAAAAGAAACACAAUUACAGUUAGAGCAUGAAAAAGAUGAAUGGGAGCAAGAACUCUCUGCUUUGAGAUUGACCUUAAAACGAGAAGAAGAAAAGAGAAAGGAUGCUGAGAUGUUGUAUAAAAAAGGUAGUGAAGAGUUAGAAAGAAAAGAAGAGGAAUAUAGGAAAGAUGUUGAAAUGAACCAACAACUGAAACGGACUCUGAAAAUACGAGCCAUGGAAUUGGGGACACUAAGAAAGAAUUUGGAUCAGAUUUCUCUUAGCCAUAAGAAAGAAGAAGAUCUUUUGCAUGAAAAUAGCAUGCUGCAGGAAGAAAUUGCCAUGCUAAGACUGGAACUGGAUACAGUAAAACAUCAGAAUCAGGACAUUUUGAGGACAUUGAAAGUGUGAAAGAAGAGCAUGAUAAUCUUCUAAAGGCUAUAAAAUUGAAUGAGGAAGCAAGAACAGUAUUUCAGUACAAUGGACAGCUUAGCAUCUUGACAACUGAGAAUAAAAUGCUCAGUUCUGAGCUGAAGAAUGUAAAACACAACAAGGAAUGACUGGACACAGAAAUUCAAUCAUUUCAUGGUAGACUGGUUGCUGCUCUACAUGAUUGUGACCAAAGUCAGAUAGCAGAAAGAGACCUCUUUCCAGGGAACAAGACAUGAAUGGGUUUAUUUAUAGGAGACAGUGAAUUUUCAUAUGUCUAACCUAAAAGAUAACAGUGAGAUUCUUUCUGAACAGCCCUCUAAUGCUGACAGUAAAAUUAACAGCCUGAAAAUUAAGCUCCAUCACACAAGAUAAACUCUGAGAGAAAAGAUGGGGCAGGCUGCCAUCUUUCCUGUUUAGGCAACUUAGCCAUUCCAGCCUGCUGGCUUUGGAGAGUGCAAACUGACCAGGGGCAGAAGAGAUCUGGCAGCACAGCACAGCUGCUUUACCAAAUCAUGGCCAGACUGCUUCUGUGAGCAGGCCCCUGAUGCUUUUCCUCCUCACUGGACAGGACCUUCCAACUGGGUCCUCCAGCUACCCCCACCAGUAUUCCCCAGCCAACAGAGAUUUGAAACCCCCCUGGGACAGAGUUCCCAGAGGAGAGGGGCAGCCACCACCUUUGAUGUUUGGGGGACUAACCGUUCUGGUCUGCGGACUUCGGAGAGCCUAAGCUGACUGGGGUGCAAGUGGUACCCCAGCACAGCACAGCCACCCUACAAAAACAUGGCCAGACUCUUUUUUAAGUCAGUCCCUGCCCAUGUUUCUCAUCACUGGGUGGAGCCUUUCAACCAGGGUCUCCUGCUACCU